AGGGCCCCCUUCAAAGGGUGUCGCCCGGAGGAGCAGCGGCACGGCCGCCCCGGCCCGGCGGGCGGAGCGCACACCGCAGGGGAAGGGCAACGCCCAACGAGCCCCCAGCGCCGCGUCGCCGCGCAUGGAUGCCCCGGCCUUCCCCCGCUGCCAGCCGACGCACCUCGAUUUGGAGAGGCCGGCGCCGCGCAGCCCGGCCCCGAGGCCUCGCCGGCGGCGGCGCCGCUGGCCGCGCGGCCGCGGCCGCGCUGCUGCUGCUGCCCGCCGCGGCCGUGCUGCUGCGGGCGGCGCGUCCGCUCGCGGGCGACGCGGGCGCCGGGCGCGCCGAGGCGGGGGCGUGGCGAAGGCUGGGCGAAGGCAUCGACUGGAACAUCCCCGGCAGCGGUGUCAGCAUCCACGACGAGGUGGACCCAGGGCAUCACCAUGGUGACCAUGACGGCGACCACGAGGUUACCACCACGCCCGAUGUGGGUUGCCUGUCUCUGUGCACGAGCACCCAGAACGCGAGUCUCGCCCAAUGCACAUCUACACAGGCAUCCUGCACUUUGGCGUGUGCUGCGUUGACUGACCCAAGGCCGUUGCAGCUCACCGAGUGCAACAACAGGUGCACCAGGAGUUUCACCGAUUGCCAGAAAGAGUGCUACAAGGAGCUCGGAACGUGUAACAAGGCGUGCAGGGAGAAGUAACGACGUUUUAUUCUGAGUCUGCCAGGCUGUCUCAUGGGAACUUGAUCUACAGUUCCUAAGUAGAGCAUCUCAGUCUGGUGCUUCGUACCUGCAUCCUACAGUAGGGCAACUGAGGAUGCGCUGUACAGCUCCCCCGCGGUUACUCUGUUCUUCGAUCAAACAUGCUUCAUUAUGAAUACUUGGGGAGGUGCGGUGCUCAUUCUCCGUUCUGUCUUUCCCACUCCGUUCGAAUUAGGAGGGCCACAUUUCGACAGAAGUUCGGACGGCCAAGGGAUUGGUGGUUUCAUGCUGCACUCGCCUCCCGUCUCUGAAAUGUCGCACUUCGGUUUGCCAGUCGUUGCGUGGCUCUGAGACGCAGCGUUGAGCUUUGAGCUUUUGGCUAUGCUCAGAAGACUUUCAGCUGGCCAUGGAAACCAGUGAUUUGUCCCACGCGGGCGCCGUACACUUACAGGCAGUUAUGGUGCUGGCUCGCACGUAUAAGACGGCGUGGCGAAAAUGUCAAACAUAUGCAUGACCCAGCCUUUUGCAUGUCAUCUGGGUGUCAGGGGCAUCAGAGGUCCAGUCUUUGUAAGCCCUGGGCCAGCUGGAAUGAGUCGAGGCAUCCACAGCGAAUGGACCUUGAGAAACCAGAUCGCAGACAAGAUAAACAAG